UUUAUGAUUUUUAUUCGUGCGAUGUUUUGUGUAUUUUCUAGAACUUGUUGAACGAAUUACUUCUACUUCUAUCUUGCAUUUGACAACGCUUUGUGUGUUUACAGUUUUACACACUCAAUAGAAAUUUGUGAGACUAAGAUGAUUUAACGAUAAUAGCGAUAACGUUGUGUACGUAUAUUAUCAAAAUACGGUACUGAAAUUUAUCAAUUUAACGAUAAUAUCUCUUUAAACAUUGUCUUCUCAUUGUUAAUGUUCGCUUCUGGUUAUAUAUUUGAAUGUUAAAUAAUAUCCUGUAAAACACAUGGCAGACCAAGAUACUACAGAUUAUCAUGCACUUUGUGCAAAUGAUGAAGAUGAUAUUGAAGGCUUAAAUGAGAGAUUGUUACAGGUAUUAUCUGCGCAGAAAGUUUCGUCACAAAUUGUUGAAAGUAGUAUAUCUAGACCAUUGGGUAACAUCAACACUAAUAAAGACAACAUUAAAAUAAAAAAUGAAACUUCUGCCUCGUCACCAUUGCUUAGUCAUUAUAAAUGUGAUCGUUCCUUUUUAUACCAUGACAGUCCAGUUAAUUUACCAGCAUCACCAAUAUAUCUUCCACCCAUUGGUGUAUUUUGGGACAUCGAAAAUUGUCGUGUUCCCAAAGGAAGGUCUGCUAUGGCUGCGACACAAGUAAUUCGAGACAAAUUUUUUAGUGGUUACAGAGAAGCAGAAUUUAUUGUAGUUUGUGACGUUCGUAAAGAGAAUAGCCAGAUUGUGAAGCAAUUAAAUAAUGCUCAGGUUAAUUUGAUUCACGUUGAUACAUGGUGUAAAAAUGCUGCUGAUGAAAAACUCAAACAAUGUAUUAGGAGGUUUGCAGAUAUUCAUGGAAGUCCAGCAGCUAUAAUUUUAAUAUCGAGUGAUAUUAAUUUUGCUGCUGAUCUCAGUGAUUUACGUUAUAGGAAAAGAAUCCAUGUGAUACUUCUACAUAUGAAGAAAACUUCCGAAGCAUUAAUACUCUGUGCCAAUGAGCAUUAUGACUUUUCAGAACUAAUGGAAUCACUGCCGUCCAGGACUGUUGAGGUUGCCACAUUUUAUGACUUACUUGUUAGUAAUCUUCCUCAAGAUCAAGACGUUAUGUCCAUUAAACGUCGUCUUAAACAAUUGUCUGAAAACUGUGGUGGUCGAGUAGUAGAAAUCCAAUCGAGUACUGCAGUUGUACGUUUUACUUCACAAAUCUAUGCAGAAAGGGCUCAAAAGCGUAUGGAUGGAGAAAUUGUACUAGGUUCAGAAAUUACUGUAAAAUUUCAAGAAGAGAAGGCUUUUCAGAAAUCUCAAGGAAAUUUUACAAGCAGGAACCGUGCAGUAAGUGAAUCGGAAAUUGUUACUAAUUCUUCGAGACAAAUGUAUAGUGCAAGUGCUUCGGUAACGAGUGGUAGAGCACUUCAAAUUCCGCAUUAUCAGUCAUCGACUCCAGUUAUUGGAGCAUUCGGUUCCACAACAUGGAAUGCUCAUUGUACUCCCGUAUCCGCACCAACAACAAUGAUUCAACCCCCGCCUAUUUUUGUUGGGCGAACGUAUUCAAAUAGUAAUAAUGUAACGUUCAAUAGAGCGUAUAACGAACUUGCAAGGGUCCAAUCACCAUUGUUUUGGCAAAUCCCCGGUUCGCAACAAUUUGGUCAUAUGUGGGAAGAACAAUAUAAAGUUGAAAAGACAAAAGUUCUUAGUAGAAGACUUCAUAUCCCGCAGGCUCGGGAAAACGCUGUUGCGAGUAAUGUAGCCACGCGAAAUUUCAAUGGAAAUGGACAUUCUCAAUCGAAUUCAUUCAAACGUCGUAGUCCAUCUCCAAUGUGUGAUCUACAGCCACGAGAACGAAAUCAAUGGAAUGGACAGAAUCAAAAGUCUGCACGAAGUACCAGGACACCUUCACCUUACGAGAAUAGCGUGCAAACAAUGAGCCAACAAUGUGCAAAUACUUCUCCUUAUCAUCCAAGUGAUGCAGAAAAUGAAGAAGUUGAGAAAUUUUUCAAUCCAAUAAAUACUCACAAUGGAACUUCGAUGAGUAAUGAAACAUGCACGCCCAUUGAACUGCAAGUAACUAACUUAGACCAAAAUAUUAAUCCAAAAAAAUUAAGACAUAUGCUCGCUUCUAUAUUCAUGGAACAUGUGAUGGUGUUAAAUGUGUUUAUUUUUACACAGUCCGAUGGUAACUUUGCUGCAAGCGUUAAAGUACCGUCUUUGUCGGACGCCCAAUACGCUAUUUCUCAAUUACACCGUCGUAAAGUAGGAUAUAAACGUAUUUUAAUAUCUUACGCUCGUAGCGGUCGAGCAAGUCCUCAAGUUAUACGGGCACAAAUUGUAAUGUUGUUACAAGAAGUGCCGGGUCACAAACUUCCUCUUUUCAAGUUUCGAGAAAUGUAUGAGAGUCGUUUUAUGAUUACUAUCAGCGUUUCGGAAUUAUACAAAAUGAAAGAUGUAUGUAUCAUAACGGAAGAUCCUGGUGGUAGAAUGAUUUCUCUUAAUCCAGACCACAGGAAUACGCCAUCGCCAUGUUUAAAUACUACAACUCAGGAGGAGCAAGUUGAGUCGCCAUAUUGCACUAGUCAUACGCUAAAACCUUGGUCUGAUAAAGGAUGGGCUGAACAAAAAGUAGCUUCACUUCCAAAUGUAAAAAUUUCUUUAAAACUUCUUGAACCACGUAUUCGUCAGUUAUUAUCUACGCAUAAUGGAAGUUUACCACUGCCUAGUUUGCCAAAUUGUUACGAAGCUGAAUUCAAAGAGAAACUACAAGUAGUGGAAAGUGGGGUACCUUUGGAACACCUAGUAUCUUGUUUAUCAUGUGUAGAGUUAAAACAGGGUAUUGGUAGCGUGAAAUAUCUUAUUUGGACAGAAAGUAAAACUUAUGAUAGUAAUUGCGAAGAAAAUAAGUGUGUAAGUCCCCCACUUGCCAACCAGUUAGCACUUUUUAGUCGUGAGUUAGUCGAUCUCCUAAAAACUGCUCCACACUGCCAAUUACUGUUCAAUCAAUUUAUACCUGCAUAUCACCACCAUUUUGGAAGACAGUGUAGGGUUGCUGACUACGGGUUCACUAAAUUGAUUGAUUUACUGGAAGCGCUUACGCAUACUGUACAGGUUAUGGGCGAAGGAAACAAUCGCGUCGUAACGUUGUCUCAUCGUGCCCAAGUACGUCGUUUCACAUCUGAUCUAAUAAGAGUUUUAAAGUCUAAAGCCAGUAAACAGGUCGCACUUUCAGAAUUUCCAAGUGUAUAUUCUAGAGUAAUAGCUAAAGCAUGGGAUAUCGUGGAUUAUGGUGUGUGUGAAAUGGAAGAUAUCCUUAGCGAAGUGUCGGAAAAUACUGUUGUUGUCACUACAAUUAAUGGUGGUGAUAAAAUGAUAACAAUUCCUAAACGGGAACAAACUGCAGAAGAGAUUGAACGAACAAAAAAAUUUGCUGUAGAGGUUGUGGAAUUGUUAAAACACGCACCUCAGUGUAGAAUGCAAUUUAAUAAAUUUGUACCUUCGUAUCAUCAUCAUUUUGGUCAUCAGUGUCGUGUAUCGGAUUAUGGAUUUACCAAAUUAAUCGAAUUAUUUGAAGCUAUACCUGACGUAGUCAAGAUCGAAGAUGAUAAUUCAGGAGAAAGACAAAUUUCUCUAGUAGAAAAGCGAGGUCUUCGUGUACUUUCUGAACAACUAUCAAAAUUAAUUAUACCACAUGGUCAUCUUGCUGUUAAAGACAUUUUACGAAAUUUCUUAUGUCAGUUUGGUUAUGCUCUAAAACCAGAAUUAUUUGGCUGUACUUCUGUAUUGCAACUUAUGGAGAAACUUACAGACACUAUACGGAUUAUAUAUUUACGAAGUGGGGAACCAUUUGUAAUGAUGGAUGAACAUUACUUGGAACAAUUAACCCUACAGUGUCGUCGAGUGUUGAUGGAUAAACCGCAACAUAGAAUGCCAGUUAAAGAGUUUCAACAACUCUAUGCACAGUAUUAUGAACCAUGUAACAUAGACACACUUUUGAAAACUUUACCUUAUGUAGUUAAGUCUAUAACAGUGAGUGGUGAACAAUUAAUAGAACUUACUCCAUUACAUUGUUUCGCUUGUGACUUAUAUCGCGUAAUGAUGACCUGUGGUGGAACACUAAACCUCUCACAGUUUGAGGCAGCUUACUUCCAAACUACAGGUUUUAUUUGUAAACCUGAGAAAUACGGGUAUUCAAGCAUUUUUAUACUUUUACAAGCUUUACCUUGUACGGUUACAGUAAAAAUAUUAAAUCGAAAAGAGAAGAUUAUAACGCUUAAUGAAAAACUUGCUGCCGUUGGUAUACCAUUACCGCCGACGUACACAUCACCAUCGUCAUAUUGUGAUACGGACUCUAAUAACAAAUCGUUUGAAAGUGAUUCUUCUUUCUGCGUAAACGUUCCCAAUAAUUCGUGUGCGUUAAAGGAACAUGUGAAGAAAUGGACAGAACAAACAAUAGGAAGUCAGCAUUCUUGGAAGCAUCCUGAGGAAAACAGUGUGUGGUCGAAGGAAUCUGAUAAGCACUGGAAAACGUCGUCUUCGGAAGAUCAAUUAGGUAAUUGGGCAUUAGAAGAGAACGGAAGUGAAAGCUUUCUUAAAAGCUUAAUGCGUACUCCGAUCAUAUCGCAUGGCUUUCCACCGCCCCCGCCUAAACCAGAUUCUCCACCUGAGAAUUUGACUAAGAAUCAGUGGGAAUCCUCAGUGUGGAUGAUUCCAGCGAAGUUCACCUAUCCACAAGAUGAACAUGCUACUAAUGUGCAGGUUCCUCCACUAACUUUACCUCCUUCCUGGAGUCAAAUUGUAUCCGAUAAUAGUGCGUCUAACUUAUUAUCACCGACAAAAAAUUUAUUACCAGCUGCUGCAAACCCUUUAAAUCCACGUACAUCACCUUACUAUUCCUCCAAACGCAAUUUGGUCGUUGCUCCUCAUCCUUCCGAAUUGCCACUUCCGUCGCUGUCUUUAACUCCCAAAAAAAACGUAUCUUCGGAAAAUAUUGUAACUACACAAAUCUUCAUGGACAAACAAGAAAAUACUGUCAAUCAUUCAACGGAUGAUGUAACUCUCACAAGUACUGAAAACGAUAGCAGUAAUACGGAGGACGGCGACAACGAUAACGAAAAAUACAAUACUCCUACAAAGCAGUUAUUCACAAGUAAACGUCGCUUAGCUGCUCAAUUUAAUCAACCGAUUGAAUCAUAAAGAACGGCAUAAAGUUCGAAAAUUUACAAUCGUAUCACAUACGCUAAAAGCGAAGAAGCCAGAAUCGAAACAUUUUCUAAUCUUGAAAUGUGUCAUUGGGAUUGGAUAAAUAAGGGAUUUGUAACAUCUCGGUAGGCUGUCACACAGCUGGCUCAAUACCUAUUCACCGUUCCCUAAAUGGUAGGUACAACUCCCUAAUUUAUAUUUGAAAUAUGGUAGUAAUAUAUCGAUUUGAUACACACGACAAAGAACAGAAUUUAUUUUCAAGAAUUAUGAAAAUAUACAUAUGUAUAAAUAUCUAUAUACUAAGUAGCUAGGAUUUUUUAUUUGAAAAUGUGAAUAAGUGUGCGGCGUUUAUACCGAGUGAUAUGUAUCUAUUGUAUUGCAUAUAAAAUUCAUGUAGCAUUUUUAAUACUGUGAUAUAGAAUAGAAAGAGAGUACAAAUGAAAGCAAUGGACGAAAAAAGCUGAGUAAAGGCAGUGAUUGUCUACAUUUCGUAGGUUUGGGCCAGUUUCCUAUAUUGAAUCAUAUUAUUUUUGUUAUAAGAAAAUCUUUGAAUCAAGUUCCUUUUAUUAUUAAUAAAAUAGCAAAAUAUUUGUUGCAAUUUUAACUUUAUUUAACGAAUGAUUUGCCGUAAAUGAAAUUUUAUUAGCCCAUUCCUAUCGAUUUAUAGUGAAUUAUUGUCACAGAGAACGAAUUGUAUUCUGGGAAUCAAGGUGUAGUGAUUAAAUUGUUGUAACCAACUAUAAUGUCGUUAUCAACUAUGAUAUCGAAUACAAUUCAUUUUUAUCGGUUAUUCAUCUACCAUGUAUUUUCAUUUGUACAAUUAUUUUUUCCAUUUGUGUCAGUUACUACCCUUCAUUAUUGUCUGUUCGUUUUUAUAGCAUAUGUGAUUUUUUUAAUUGUAUUAUGAGUGAAUGUGGUUUGAAUACUUUUAUGAUAAUUCAAAGAUAUUAUACGAUAUUUUGAAGUGUCAUACUAUUUCAUUGUGUGUAAGAAAAUGUUUUUAAUGGAAGGAAUAUUUAUCACCAUUAUUGUAAUAGUCAUUACCACAUAGCUGAAAAUCGCAAGAAUGUAAAAUGCAUAUUGUACUUGGAAUCAGACUUUAUGAAUUCCAUUGAAACUAAUUCAUUGAAAAGACUGUUAAAUGGUGACAGGUAAUAGAAAUUUUAUCGAAAAUAAGGCAAAAGAAAAAAAAUAUAUAAUUGUAUCAAUCAGAUUUCAGCAUUUAAUGAUGGCUACUUUUAACAACGGUACUAUUUCACUAGAAUAUUUUCUGUUUUCAUUAACAAACGAGAACAGUUUAAAAAAAUAUAUAUUGAUGACAUUCGUUAUCUACAAAAGUACAUUAUUAGUAGAUUUAAUAAAUACUGUAAGAAAAUGGUAGGAAAGAUUGCUCCCUUUGAAUUGUGUAAAUGAUCUUGUUGAUCUCAUAUUUUACUGUAAUUAUUAAGGAAUAUUUUUAUCGAAAAUGAAGUGUGUAUAGAAUUUCGCACACGUGAGGAAGCCCGAAUCACAUUUUGUAACAAUUAUGAGUUGCUAGAUUUAAAAAGCAUUAUUAAUUGCCACUAUGUAAUCAUAUUCUAUGUUCGGUACAUUGCUAAAAGAAUGAAAGAAUGGCAAUAAAUCUUAUCAAUGAAUCUAAUGUGCUGGAACAUUCACGAUCGUUACUCGACAAUCAUGUAUUAAUAUUUUUAUGAGGCUUCCUAAAUAGUAUCCUGCGAUCAUUAAACAACUGUUAAUUUAUUUGGAACAUACGAGAUAAUUUUGUUACAUGUUAUAUAUUUAUUAUGUAAGGAUGGAUUCUAUUAUAUUUUUUAUUUACAUGGAAGUGAUCAUUUUUACUUUGUUUUUUAAAUUGUAUGAAGUUGACAAUUUGAAUUUUCUAUUAGUCAUAAUACGUUUUUUUUUUUAUUAUUAAAAAAAUAAUCACACGAAGUCAAAAUUUGUAACAUUAUGCACUUAUAUGGAUAAUUCCAUACAUAUUUAUUAUUUCGGAUACAAUUUGUAGUGAAUUUUACACAACUAGUUUGAGAUAACAUUCCGACUAAUAGAAAAUUGAAUUGUACAUUAUGCAAGAAAUGUCAAAAUACAUAAAGCUUUGUAAUUAAUAAUUGUAUCAGACAGUUUUAUUGUAAUAACGAAUGUAAACAAAAAUGUAUAGUAUACAUGAUCGAUGGAAUCUUCUAAACAAGUAUUUAAUAAAAUAAUUUGUUAUACGUAUACAAUA